UCAAAAAGGUUAUUUUGCCUCAAUAGCUCUCGGCUCUCAAUGACCUUUGUGAAAAUAAAUAUCACUACCGUACGACCUUUCCUCCUCCCUCUCAUAAAAUUCAAUUUGCCUUAACCGCAAACGCUUUCAUCAGCCAAACUUCCAGCCAACUUUAGGAUAUUUUUGGUAGCAUUCGCAUUCUCACUACUACCACUUCCCAUUGCAGUUCCACUACUAUCCUCACAAUCACACUACCUUCAAUUUUUUAUUUUAAAAAUACCAACACAACAUCACCAUGCCACCCUCUACCAUGUCCCGCGCCUUGACGAUGCUCCCUGAAGACUUUCUGCCCAAUGUGACCCAUGUCAUCAUUGGCCGUGGUAAGAAGCACAGCAAGCACUCGGGAAAUCUCCGCUACUCGACUCUUGUCCACGAAGAAAUGCACGCUUACGCCGCUGCCGAGAACAAGGCGGGCAAGAGCGAAGUGAUCUCUCGUUUGGUGGCCCGGGUCCGCGAGACGGGCAACUUUGUCCGUGAAGCGGGAAACGGUCGUUGGGCGCUCGUGGAGGAACAUGCCGUCCGUACCACCACCGCGCAGCACUUUCGGGAUGCCCUGUACUCCAAGUACCGCAGUUCCAAGGAAAUGAAAAAGCAAAAGCGCAAGGAAGAACGCCGGGAAUCCAUCACCAAGCCAGAAGAAGGAGACCUUCUACAAGGAGAAGGUGAAGGAGAAGACUGCAGCAGCAGCUUGAUGUACGAGCCCUCCAAGAAACGAGCACGAUGUGUGUCUCCCGAAAAGAGCCUGAACAAUAGCUUGUCUACAGCUCCUGGCUUUUUCCAAAAGCAGUUCCUCCAAAUGCCUCACAUGAUGAUGCAACAACAGCAAGCGGCAACGCAAGCUCAAGCGGAUGCUCUGUCUGUCUUUUCUAGUUCCAUGUUCAUGAACAAGAUCAACUUCCAAGACUCCAACCCCUUUGAACCUACUCCCAUCUGCUCCUCUUCUGAUGCUGCUCCAAGUGGCUCUCUCUUUGGAGCCUUUGCAGACACCCUCAACUUUGCUGCACCUGUUGUUCCCAGCAUGAGCAUGAGCAGCAACCCCUUUGAUGCCCUUCAAGAAAUGCCCUUUUUUCAUGAAGUGGACAACAGCACUGUCUGUGCCUCUGCUACACCAAGAUUUGCUCUCUAAACAUGGUAGCUACAAACAAAGCAACCUCAAAGGCAGACCUCAAGACCUGAUCAUGUGCACAAAGCAGCAGCAUGCAAGCCUGGACAGACCCUGAACUGAAGAUACCUAACCAAACAAAAAGGCAGCAAGUGGCCUUCCUGCAUCCCAAAGCCUCCAGCAUCAUACUUUGCCAGCCAAUUUAGUCUAUUUGUACAUCAGCAUAACAUUUUUAUUAGCACCACACGCACACACACACAC